CAUGGAGAAUGGAAAGACCGACCUUCAUUCUUUUGAGAUUGGUGGUUCUGUUACCAUUCGCUCUGACAGUCUAGUUGCUUGCAAUCAACAUCACCAUGAAAAAGAGCCGCUCGACCGGAACUCUUAACACCAUUACUAUUUCUUUGGGUGUGGACUCGGCGCCACAGUUGAGGGAGAGCCACAAGCGCCGUGGGGGUCCUUUGUACCGUGCCAACGCUCACCACAGCUACAGCCACGUAGAGCAGCACAUGGCAGAUGACUCCGACGAGUCCAUCAAAUUGCUCAACUACCGAAAGCAGUUUGAAGAUGAUACGCUUCGAGACGCGUUUCAAGAUGAAGAAGGAGCCGGAGACUAUGGCGCGGAGGCAGAAGACGAAGACCUCCCGGUCAAGCGACUUUUGCCGGAUGAUAUCUACUCCAUUCUGUACACGGCCAACUUGUGUGGACGAGGAUUUGUGUUUGCCUUGAUGGUCUUUUUAAUGCAAUCCUGUUUCUUGAUUCUCCUCGCGGCCAAUCUGUAUGACGUCACUGGCAAACCAAAUGAAACCAAUGGAGUCGAAAAUCGAAUGAAUGUCCCAGCAGGAGUGGAAGCAGUGGUCAUCGUGGCACAGAUGAUGGGAAUGUUCAUGACAGUCAUGAUGAUGUGCAACAACGGAGAUUUUCUUCAGGGUGUCACUCAGCUGGCGGAGGGAUACGACAGCGGCCUUCAGGAAGUCAGCAACAAUGCAACCAGAGCUCGAUGGCUUGCGACGGGUAUUGCGAGGAUUCUCAGCGGCCUCCUCUUCAGUUUCUUGUCCUUUGUGCUUAUGAUGACGUCCAAAGACGUGCUUAAUGUCUUUCUCAACUUGACUGGGUUACACUUUCUCCAGGACAUUGACAACAUCGGAUUCCAAGUGGCAAGUUUGGGCCUCAUUGGGAGACAGGCCAAGUUGGACUGUGAACACGUUCAAGGUCUCACUCACUAUACACCAACCGAGCUGAAGCAACGUGUUGUGAACUAUAGGCUGGGAUUCAUUGGCCUUUUGUCUUGUGCAAUGGUUGGCUGCUGGGGUUACUUUGCAUAUGAACAACUCCACCGUCAAUAUGUGUGUCACCAUCUAUACAUACAGUUUGGCGAUGGCAUCUUCCCCCAUUACGCCUACUAUAGUGGAAUCUUUACCCUUCAGAAGGACAAGAUGCUAGCGUCAGCAAGGCCAGUGUACGUGGACGCCACUGGAGAACUACGAGUGGGUUGGUGCAAGGCAGAAAAGACCUGGACCAUCUACAACACGACCAAAGAUGACAACAGCAACAAUGAUGCCUGCACUUUUGUUUUCAAAUCGUCCAAGUCAGAUUCCUUCGAUGUCAUGGAAGUUGCAGAAUUGACUUGGUACGUGGCCGAUCCUGGACUUGGCGAAGUGCCAGUUGAUAGACUAGGCGUCUUUUGCUUCGACUGUGGGAACGAUAGGGAAUAUUGCAGUGAAGGCACGUUUUGCAAUCAGGAAGCUAAGGAGAAGAAAUGCGAAAAGACGGAGAAUCCCACUGUUGGCAUCCGCAACGAGGAAGCAUUCCCAAGUUGCAGGCUUUAUGGUGCAGACCGGACCACGAUUGCCGGAAUUGCCUCAAGCUCAAUGGCUUCACUGCUGCGGGAAGUAUUUAGGCCUCUGGACAACGCAACGAAGUUCAACGGAAUGCCCAUCCAGGCGGUAGAUUACUUUGACAAACUUCCCGCGGGGGUCGACAUUUGGUUCAGCCAUAGCGAGGGCAUUUUGCAUGAAUUUUCUGCUAAAGGCGAUGAAACGUGGGAAGUAUUGGUAAAUGCAGCGAGAGAAUACGCCCCAGAAAUCUUCAACGAUGAUGGAUAUGACGUGGAUACAACAAAGAUUCUAGAGGCUCGUGUGGUGUCAAAGUUUGUGCUUUUCACGGGGCGGCGUUACGUUGUCUUCGGUCUGGGCGAAGGGAAAGUGUCAAAGCUCAAAUGGGCUGACUUCGCUGACUGGUUGUACCGCGAAACUAGAACGAUACCGCAAGUCUUGAACAGAAUCAGAACCCACGAACAUUCGAAACAACAUCUCCCACUCUUCUUUUCAUCACCUGUUGACUUUGGCAAGCCUUCGUACGCAGUUGAGCCUACAUCUGUUACGUGGUAUCGAGCCAAGAAGAGUAAGGAUCCAAUCCUUGGAUACGAGGCUGAUGAAUCCCAGCCGUUGGAUGUAUCGAUGCAAUGCCUUGAGUGCGAUGACAUCACGGACCCGUGCCGAAACGACCAGGUGUGCAUUUCUGGAUAUGAUACUCACAGUUUUCAGGGGGUGGAGACGUUCAACAGGUGCGCGUGUUCCCCUUUCUUCGAUGGGGCAAAGUGUGAAUACGCAUUGGGUUGUCUCGAAAUGGAUGAAUUAUGUUUUAACGGUGGGACUUGCGAUGUCACUACGAAUACUUGUGCCUGCAAAAUUGGCUUUGACGGUAACCUAUGCCAGUACUAUCAUCCACCGCCGAAUGAGCCAAUCAAUGAAAUCGACUUAGCUGCUGCUUUGGAUGGUGAUGGUGAUGAUGAUGAUGAUAACGACUUGCUUGCCAAGUACAUGGAGGGCAUCAAUGAUUCGAGCUAUGCAAGGACCAACAAGUUGUGCCUUGGCAUCGAGAGAACAGAAGGAGGGUUGUACUGCGAUUGCUUCGUCGAAGAGGAAGACCCGAUAUGUAGACCAUAUGAGUCUGCGCCUGAGCCGUAUUGCUGUGAAGAUCAAGCAACAUGCAACCAUUGCGCCGAGAACGGUUGCCUUGAUGAAAAUUGUGUUCAGGCAGAUGCUUAUCCAGAUUUCGACCAAAUGUCGCAGACUUUUCAAGAGUACUGUGAAAGCGAUGGCGCGUUCUUCUGUGACCAGAUUCCCCCCAAUGGAUCACCUGAUGUCGGAACCUCGAGUCCCUCCUCAGCGGAGUCUCCGGGUCUAGCUAGCGCAACCGAAGAGACGAACAGCACCUCCACUACAACUACUAGUAAUUCCACAGGCCGCCAUUGAUUGAAUCAUGGCUGGCACCGGGGCAAGAUCUUAUCUGGGACGUACUCUCGCAAGGCAAGAACGUGCAUACUGAGGAAGUCCCCGCAGUCUUGUCGCGCAGCUUCAGCCAGCUGCCUGCUGGCCUGCUACUACGUAGCUAGUAGUGUACCGUUCAAAGAUAAAGUUAGUAGUGAUUUUUCAG